AUGUUAAAUCAUAAGUUUUUAAUUUUUAAGUCAUUGUCUCCCAAAAGGAAAAAAAUUGCAAAACUAAAAUCUUUGUUAGGCGAUUCUUUCUAUCUAUCUAUCUAUCUAUCUAUCUAUCUAUCUAUCUAUCUAUCUCUCGUGUGCGAUUAUCUCUCUCUCUCUCUCUCUCUCUCUCUCUAUCUAUCUAUCUAUCUAUCUAUGUCUAUCAAUCAAGUUGAGAAACUUCCAAUAGUGUUGCAUGUUGAGAUCUAUCUAUCUAUCUAUCUAUCUAUCUAUCUAUCUAUCUAUCUAUCUAUCUAUCUAUCUAUCUCAGUCUCUUCACUAUCUAUCUAUCUAUCUUCACUAUCUAUCUAUCUAUCUAUCUAUCUAUCUCAUCUAUCCUAUCUAUCUAUCUAUCUAUCUAUCUAUCUAUCUCUAGUCUAUCUAUCAUCUAUCCAUCUAUCUUUUCAUCUAUCUAUCUAUCUAUCUAUCUAUCUAUCUAUCUAUCUAUCUAUCUAUCUAUCUAUCUAUCUAUCUAUGUUAAAUCUGUUUUCAUCUUUUGGGAUUGAUGAGCAAAUUCUCUUUCAAACACAUACACACAGUUAUAUCUGA